AUGGAAAUAGCUGGUCUGGAGGAUACAUUGCAAUCUCAAGAUCUUGAAUCUAGCAAUGGGCAAGAAGAAUUUGAGAGUCAUCUAAAUUCAACCACACGUGGUUCCUUAUUAAAUGUACUACGUGGAAACCAGACUACCAAGAAAAACUCAAACACUUCAAAAAUACGAAAGGAGAAACAUGAGCCAGUAGUGAAUGAAGACACUACAAAGCAAGAAUAUCAUCCUACACCUUUAACUUCGAAAGAUAUAUUUAAAAUAUUUCGACAAAAAGACAAACAGAAAUCCACAUUGUCUGAGAUUCAGCAAACACCAGCACAAGAACAACACAGCAAAACUUCUCAAGGUCUUCCCAAUGAUAUGAUUUGCAAUUCGUUGGAGAUUUUGGAUUUCACAGCUGACAUUGAAUCAAAAAUAUUUGCUAACAAGAAAUCAACCUCAGUAAAAGACUUGUUCAACAAUUUCAGACCAAAGAAAAUUGUCUCCAUAAAGUUGUCUCCACAAAUACUAAAGAGUAUUUCUUCAAGCUGUUCAAAUAUUGAGCAUUCCAGAGGUUUAGAUGUACUUCCUGGUUUGAGAACAACAUUUGCUGCUCAGGAAAUGUUACAACGAGGAAAGCCAACAGUGCCAAUUCACAAUACAGAGAAAAUUGAUAACAAAAAUAAUGACAUCCAAUUGCAUACAUCACUUAUGGAACGAAAAAUUUAUGAAUCAAGACCCAAAUCCAGUGUACAAGAUAUACUUAAGCGGAGAAGGAAUGACGAUAAAACGACAAGAACACAGCCAAUAGCAAGACCGACAUACUUUAUUACCUUGAAAAUGAAUUCCAAACACCUAGCGGAAAUUAAACAAUAUGAAAAUCCACUAAUAACAAAAGGAAACAAGACAAGUACUAAUGGCAAGACAAGUGCUUCCUUAUUUGCUAGUAUGAUGCAAGCAAGUAAAUCUGCAACAAAGUUAGAAUCUAUGUGGCAAUCAAAAAAUUCUAUAAUAUUACCAAAUUCCAUAAAGAAAGAAGAGUUUCAUAUUUACGAAAAGGAGGUUUCAAAUCCUAGGAAGCUUUCAUUGGAAGAAAGAAAUAGAAAUUUUAGGUGUGAUAUUUACCCCGGGAAUUUUGAGUCUUUUGCUGAUUUAUUCACAAGAAACACCACCUCUAUUUACCAUCAUGAGAUCAAAGACAAAAUUGAUUUGAAACAGUAUGCGUUGUCUAAACUACCAAAUUUAUUAAAAGCUUCUGCUCUUGAGUUUGUGUUCAAUAUGAUUGCCCAACCAAAACAGGGAAUGUGGACGGAGACAUUCAAACCACAAAAAAUGAAUCAAUUGCUAAUGCAUAAACGAAACAAGAAUGAUAUUUAUAAUUGGAUUUCUAAUUCUUUCCUUAAACUAAAAUCUCAAGCACCGAUCAAGGAUAUGAAACAAAAAAUAAAACAAAGACGCCAGGAAUCUUUUAUUGUCUAUGAUUAUGAGGACGAGGAAACCGAAGAGGAAGUUUAUUCGCCGUUUUUGAUUCUUCAAGGAUCAUGUGGCUCGGGAAAAUCAACAGCUGUGUUUACUGCUAUGAAUGAAUUAGAUGGCUUUGUUCAUGAAAUAAACACCAGCCAAAAUAGAGGCCGUAAGGACAUCUUUGCCAGUUUAAAAGAACUCUGUACCACAGAAGCUGUGCGUGAUACUAAAGAGUUUCAUAGAGGAGUGGUUCUACUUGAAGAUGUAAACGUGUUGUUUGAACAAGAUAAAACAUUUUGGCUGGUUGUUCAAGAAGUUAUCAAUGUUUCCAAAAGACCAAUAAUUUUGACAUGUGAGGAGAUAUGGAACAUCCCCAAGAACUUGAUUGAAUUUGCUCAGCAUGACGAGUCCAUGAUUUUUAUAGAUGAUUAUGUGAUCCUGAAAAACUUGGUCAUUGAUUAUCUUUGGCUAUGUUGCUUGGUUUAUAAUUGCGAUGUUUCCAGAGAUAUACUUGACGAAGUUGUCGAUGAGAAUUGGGAUGGACACAAUUUUGAUGUUCGAGGGUGUCUAAUGAGUUGUCAAAUUAUGUGUCCUAAUCGACCCGAUGGUUUAACUGUCAUUACGAGGAUACCUGAAGCAACCGAGAAAAGAGUUUUGAGCAACAUUAAUGAAGCAUCACAUAUACUUGAUAUCAAUUCGUGUAGUGAUGUCAUUGGAGAAAACUCUAUUUCUCAGUUAACCCAUACAUUGCAAGUAAACGAAUUUGAUGAUAUUUAUUGGAUUGACGAUUGCCAUAAUCACACAUUGCCGUAUGAGUUAAAUAUAGGAAAUAAGCUAAGUGAUAAAUUGGAAGAAUUUGAAUUGGAUUUUUCUGUCCCACAACAAAAAUUUAUAAUGAAUGAUUUAAGAUACGAGGCAAACAAAUUUAUUGGAUCAAGAAUGAAGUAUUGUUCCAACGGGGAUUUCAGGAGAUCAACUAGAUCUGGCGGUAGUAGUGGUGGUGAAUCGAAUGCAUAUUUAGAUACCACUGGUAUUCCCGAUACCUCAUUUUUGAACCAUAUUGCUAACAAUUCGUUUAUUCUAGAUUUACUUCCAAUGGCAAGACUUUGGAGUCAGUACCAAAAAGAUAUUGAUCAAUUUGAAAAGGAUGCGCUAGAUGAAGGUAAGCCAAGUAUUAAAAGAUUUCUCAAGUAUCGAGACUUUCGUCAUAAAACUACAUUAGAUGCCACCAUAAGUAGAAAUACAUAA